GCAAGUGUCUGGUACUUUGUAGGCACCUAAAUGCUUGGUGAUUAAAAGUUCCUUACUAGAGUUACCAAAGAAAUCCUUAUAUUGAUUAUUUUUAUAAAAAUUUUAUUUGAAAAGGAGAAUAGACAUAUGGAGAUAAGAAGAAAGGAUUUGGCAUAUCUAUUGCAGAGAGUAGGAUCACAAAUCUAUUAGUGAGGAGUAGAAUUAUUGUCUUGUUGCAGUAAAAAUCCAGUUGAGAUUAAAUAAUCAUUUUAGUGGACCCAAUAAGCAUGGCUUUUGUCAUUUAUUUCAAUUCAGUUAUAUAUCAUUUGAAUUUGACUCAAGGAGGCAGAUGAUGGUAAUAAUUAAGGAACAUGAUUGAUGAACACUAUUAGCAAUAGACAAGGGGGAAAAGGAUUUAAAAGUGGAUAUAAAGUUGAGUUUAUCAAAAAGUUAAGAGAGAUGGGAAGAAAGUAUAGCUAAAGCAGGAGUAAUACAGCAUAUCUAAGAGGUUUGUGAAAUGAAAGUAAUAGUGAGGAUGAAAAAGUGUUAAGGAUCAUAAGACCUAGAGUGAAAAUGAAUGAUAAAAGAUUAUCAUCAAAUGAAGAAAUUUCAGAAUUUGUUGAAUGCAAAAGUAUAUCUCUUAUGGAUGUUGGUAAGAUUAAAGAAGGGUAUUAGGUUAGAGCCAGCCCGGUUGACUGAAUAGCAGGAAAUACAAUUGAACUGUAUUCUACAAAUCCUUCACAUGGAUCUAAAAAAUGUACCAGACUAAGGUUUGAUUUGGAGAUCCAAGAAAAAAAUCAGUCAUUUUUUAACCCAGAUCAUCAAAGGGAAACAAAAGUUUUUUGUACAUUGGGGAGAGAGUCUAGCCAGGAAUGGCCACAUGGAGUUUUCUUUUGCAAGCAAAUGUUAUGCACCAGAGUAAGAAGAGGUACUGGAUUUGACAUAAAAGGGCUUAAGCUUGGGUAAGAUGUAGGAAUUGGUAUCAGCUAGAAGUUCUGCUACUUAUUAGCCAGUUUAGGCUACAGAUCCAGAGUACACUGAGGAGGGAUCUACAACUAGGGAUGGUGUUACAGGAUAGAAAAUAAUCAUGAACCCUAGUCUGUAUAUUGAGAAAGCAAGUUUAAAAAUUACCAGUAGCUAUGUGACUUGACCUUAAGAGUGGUGGAGGUUCUCAAAUUCCAGCCCCUAUCCCAGUCUGGAACCUGCAGGAAAACAACCAGGGGAGGAGUUGUAUAACAAGAGUGAGCCUUCAGUUCUGUUUCCAUGAGUCUACAAAUCAUUCUUAGAAGGCUUAUAGUGGCUAAAUUCUGCAACAGCCUACUGUCAUUCCAACCAAGACAAGCUCAUGGGCAUGUUGCUCAGACUGAAAUCCAGGUCAGAAACUUGCAGAAGUUAGAAGAGAAAGGCAGUGAUUAGACUUUUCCAAUUAGACUGCUUGUGAGGGUGCUGAAAGCUCGGAAGUCUCCAUUCUGAGGUGUCUCUUGGAUCUUAAAAGAACACAGAACUCAGUAACCCAGAAAGUAGCAAAAGAUCCAAGAUGAACAAGAAGUUUUUGGGCAUAUCUUUCAGAAAUGCUCAGAGUCUGGCCCCAGCAUCAAGUUUAAAAUUGAAAAUUGAGUUGGAAGUAUGAUCAAACCAACAAAAAAAAAUCCCCCAAUAAGGAGCUAUUAUAGUGACAAGCAUGCUCAAGAGACAAUGUCAGAAGAAGAAAAUGAUUAUGAAAUAUCGCCAAACAAAAUCUCAAAAACACAGCUUAAGUUCUACUGGAAUUUCUAGAAGAGGGAAAAGUUAGAGAAUUAAAUAAACAUAUUAUAAAUGAAAUGAGAGUGCUACAGGCAAAAAUGAAGGGGUGUGUGUGCAUGAGAGCUAUGGAAUAAAGAAUUAGAAAGAGAAUUAACAGUUUAGUACAAAAUGUACAGUGCUUUACUCAACUAAUGUACUCCCUGAAAAUUAGAGAGGACUAUAUAGAAAAUGAAGAAAACAAAAGUUGAUAAUAGCAGAAAACAAAACCAAAAAACCUAAAACUGACUUAGAAACUAGAGAUAAUUUAAGAAUCACUAGACUACUUGAAAUCCAGGACCCAAAAGAGCCUAAACACAAAUCUUUAAAAGUGGAUAUAAAGCUGAGUUUAUCAAAAAGUUAAGAUAGAAAUGGGAGAAGAGUAUAGCUAAAGCAGGAAAGAUAUAGCAUGAGAAAUAUCUGAGAGGUUGGGGAAACGAAAGUCAUAGUGAGGAUGAAAAAGUAUGAGGAAUCAUAUGACCUAGGCCUAUUUAGAUUUCUUUUGAACUACAGUGCUCUCACAAUACUAUGAAAAUAGAAUUCCUUCAUUAUCUCCUGAGAAAAAUCUCCCAAAUGAAAACUCAAGAACAUUGUAGCCAAAAUCCAAAACUUCUAGGUCAUAGGAAAUAGCUUCCAAAUAAAUGAGAAGAAAAUAGAGUAUUGGGGAACUCUGUAGUCAGAAUCAUACAUAUUUUAGCAAGGGAACAGAGCUUGGAAUACAGCAUUCCAGAAAGUUAUGAUUAACGUACCCAUGAAACAUGAUCACAGGGGAAAAUGGAUCUUUAAUGAAAUAGAAGUCUUCCAAGCAUUCCUGAUGAAAAGACUGGAGUUGCAUAGAAACUAUAAAGUGCAAAUAUAAAAGUCAAGAGAAGCAUAAAAGGGUAAACAUGAAUGCAUGGCUACACAGGAACUAACAAGGUUAAACAUUCUAGACAUAUGUCUUUUCAUACUCUUAUCAUCAGGGGUCAGUGAGGCAGUCUAAUUAGACAAAGAGAGCUUGAAAAUGGUUUGAUUGUGUUUUGAUGACUUUGGAAGAAUGGAAAGGUGGGUAAAAGUAAUACACUGGAGUGAGGUGAAGAAAACUUAGAAAAUGUAUUUCAUAACUAAAGCGCAGUAGGAUUCUAUACAAAGAGGAAAAGGAGGAGGAGAGAAUUCACACAACACAGUUGGAUAUAGAAAUACAUUCACUCAAUGUGGAUUCAGGAAGAAAAACAAGGAAUGAUAAGAGAGAGGACAAAUUAAGAAAGGGAUUAGAUCAAGGCAAACUAUAAGAAUGUAUAGCAGUGUAUGGCUACUAUUUUUGGUUCGACAAGAAAUUAAAUUGAGGGGUGCCAAUCAUUUGGGGAAUGGCUAAAUAAGUUAAUAGUAUAUGAAAGUGUUAGAAUAUUGUUAUGAAAAAGAUUGGAAACAAACGUUUAUUUGUGUCUACUAUGUGCCAGGCACUAUGCCAAAGUACUUUACAUUUAUUAUCUUCUUUGAUUCUCACAAUAAUCUUGAGAAGUGGGUAUUAACCACAUUUUACAGAUAAGGAAAUUGAGACAAAUGAAGAUUAAGUAAUUUUUCCAGGAUGAGUAUCUAAAGCUGAAUUUGAACUUGUCUUCCUGACUUUAGGUCCUGUGCAUCUUCACUGUGCAAUGCUUUACUCAGCUAACAUACUCCCUGAAAAUUAGGACUAUAUAGAAAAUGAUAAAGAAAACAAAAGUUGAUAAUAGCAAAAAAAAAAAAAAAAAAACAACCCAAAACUGACUUAGAAACUAGAAAUAAUUUAAGAAUCACUAGACUACUUGAAAUCCAGGAUCAAAAAGAGCCUAAACACAAUCUUUAAAAGUGGAUAUAAAGCUGAGUUUAUCAAAAAGUUUAGAGAUGGAAGAAGAGUUUAGCUGAAGCAGGGAUGAUGCAGCAUGAGAAAUAUCUGAGAGGUUGGGGAAAUAAAGGCCAUAGUGAGGAUGAAAAAGUGUGUAAGAAAUGUGCUGUGGUUGUGCUGUAGGGAAUAAAGAAGUUGGUUUUAAAAAACCUGAAUAGGUUCUUUUGUACCCCUGACAUUAGGUAUAUAUGCACAGUUAAGAAAAUCUGCAUAAUAUUUUUUAAAGUUAUCUUAGUGCAUAAAUGCUUCUAUAUCAGUUAUCUAAAUCUGUACAUAAGAUUUUUAAAAAUUAUAUAUCUUAAAAAGUUAUCUUAAUGCAUAAUGUGAAGUAUACUUAAUUUUUCACAAAACAGUUUUGAGAAGACUUGUGAUUAUAUUUAUGCAUUUUUUCUUUCAGGCUUCUAAUGAUGAUGGAUUUCUUGGAUGCAAAUAAACAUGUCCCAGAGUUUCUUAACCAUUUGUGACAGUGUCUGUUCUAUAUUCAUUGAAUUAUGACAUGCCAGGAUGCCCAGUUCUCCAGAGCAAUAAUAAACACUGACAUGCCUUGGAUCAGUUAGUUGAUGACCUCUGUUCCUACUCACUAUAAAGAAGAUAAAUUUAAUAUAUAUUUGGAGUGAACCAUUCAAGUGGCCUAGAAUUUUCAAGAUGACUGAUCCAAUGAUGGACUUUUUUGACGAUGCCAAUCUUUUUGGUGAGACCUUAGAGGAUUUGUCAGAUGAUGCCUUUGUACAACCAGGACCUGUUUCACUUGUUGAUGAAUUGAAUUUGGGUGUAGAAUUUGAACCUUUGCACAUAGAUUCAUUGAACCAUGUCCAGGAUACUCAAACAUCACAGAAGAUGACUGAUUUUGAACAUUUAAAUCAGUUUGAGUCACUGAAACUUCACCAAGUUAAUCAAUCAUUUAGUAGCCCAGUUGAAAAUGUGUUAUCACCACAUUCUCAAUUUAAUUGUUCCCCGGUCCAUCCCCCAAAUCAGUCUAAUGGUUUGUUUCCAGAUGUAGCUGAUGGUAGUCCAAUGUGGGGCCAUCAGACUGGUGUUUCAAAUCAAAAUGGGUCUCCUUUUCACCAACAAGGACAUUCACAUUCUAUGCAGCAAACUAAAAGCUUUGUAGCACACCCUGACUUUGCCUUAUUUCAGGUCACUGAGCAACAGCAACAAUGCACAUCACUACAGUCACAGCAAAACAGAAACAAUAAUAAUAACCCAGGGCAGGAAACUUUAAGCCAAUCUAAAACCUUUAUGGAAGUUAAUAUUUCUGGUCCACAUAGAGUUCAUGUUACUCACCAAUCUCAAAUAACCAGUGCAUCAACUUCACAACAACCUCUCUCCAUGCAACAGUUUUCUCCAACAUCAAAUGCUUCAAUGCACUUCUGUGGCAAUCACCAAGAUGGGAAUUUUGAUGGACAGUCUCCAAAUAUGACUCCUUGCUCUGUCAAUAACUCACAACAGUUUUCUUCACAUUAUUCCUUCUCCAGUAAUCACAUAUCUCCAAGCAGUCUUCUUCAGUCCUCUACAGCUCUUGCAUCUAGUCAUUCAACUCAUACUUUAUCUGAUUUUACUGGAAGCAAUGCCUUUAUGUCUCAGACGGGGACCAAACAGGAUUCUACCCAACAUAUCCUAAAUUCAAAUUCAUCUUUGAAUUCAAAUAAUUUUGAAAUGUUGCAUUCAGCACAUCCUCAGGGUAACUUCAGCAGCUCAAAAUUGUCUCCUGUGCACAUGAAUUUCCCAGAUCCUGUAAAUUCUGCUUCUCACAUGGGACAUUUUAACGAUCAUGUAGAAACAAAUGGUUUUUCAUCUCUAGAAGAUAAUUUGCUUCAUCAAGUGGGGUCUCAAACUGAGACAUUCACAGGACUUGAUCCAGAAGAUCUUCUUCAGGAGGGUCUCCUUCCUCAAUUUGAUGACUCAGCAUUUGGCCAAGAUAAUUCAAGUCAUGUCUUAGAACAUGAUCUUGAUCAACAACUUACUCCGCAGCUUUUAACACAGCCUUCAGAUAUAGCUCGAACUCAUUCUCAAAGUCAAGUUCAUUCAUGGCAUUUGUCAGUUUCUAAUCAUCAGCACUUACAUGAUAGAGAACAUUCAUCCUUACAACGUCAGCCUCCUUCCUCUAAGAAAACUGAAGGUUCUGGGACAUAUGCUAAGUUACAGAAUACCCAGGUGAGAGCCAUUUCUGAAAAGAAGCAGAAAAGAAAAGUGGAAUCAGAAAGCAAGCAAGAAAAGGCUAAUCGUAUUAUAUCGGAAGCAAUAGCGAAAGCAAAGGAACGAGGAGAACGAAACAUUCCUCGAGUAAUGAGCCCUGAAAACUUUCCCAGUGUUUCAGCUGAAGGAAAGGAGGAAAAAAAAGGUAGAAGGAUGAAAUCUAAGCCAAAAGAUAAAGAAAGCAAGAAAACAAAAACUUGUUCUUCAACCAAGUUAAAGGAGAAGACAAAAAUUGGGAAGCUCAUUAUUACAUUGGGUAAGAAGCAAAAAAGAAAGAAUGUGUCUUCAGAUGAAUUGUCUGAUGCUGAGCAGAUUCCACAGCGUCCAUUCAAAGAUGCAGAUUCUCAACUUCUUAUCCAAUGGAGAGUAGUGGCUCAAGGCUCCUGGGCUGCUGCAAGAGUUGAGAAGAGAAGAUCGAAUCGUCAAGUUAAAAGGAAAAAGUAUGCUGAAGAUACAGAAGGAAAACAGUCAGAAGAAGAAGCAAAAGUUUCUGUGAAAAUCAGAAAAAGUUCAGCCUCUUUACCCGCUGAACAACCUUUGCAGUUAUUUGUGGAGAAUCCAAGCGAAGAAGAUGCUGCAAUUGUGGACAAAAUACUGUCUUCUAGAAUAGUAAAGAAAGAAAUAUCAUCUGGAAUAAUGAUUGAUGCAGAAGAAUUUUUUGUAAAAUACAAGAAUUACUCCUAUCUUCACUGUGAAUGGGCCACAGAACAACAACUUUUAAAAGAUAAAAGAAUACAGCAGAAAAUCAAAAGAUUCAAAUUGAGACAAGCACAACGAGCCCAUUUUUUUGCAGAUAUGGAAGAAGAACCUUUUAAUCCUGACUAUGUUGAAGUUGAUAGAGUAUUAGAAGUUUCUUUUUGUGAAGAUAAGGACACUGGUGAGCCUGUAAUUUACUAUUUGGUAAAAUGGUGCUCAUUGCCAUAUGAAGAUAGUACAUGGGAACUAAAGGAGGAUGUAGAUCAAGCAAAAAUAGAAGAAUUUGAACAAUUGCAAGCCUCAAGGCCUGACUCUAGGCAUUUGGACCGCCCUCCUCCUAAUACAUGGAAAAAGAUAGAACAGUCCAGAGAAUACAAAAAUGGCAACCAGCUCAGGGAAUAUCAACUAGAAGGACUCAACUGGCUCUUGUUUAAUUGGUACAAUAGACGAAACUGCAUUUUAGCUGAUGAAAUGGGUCUUGGCAAAACAAUUCAAUCAAUUACAUUCCUCUACGAAAUACUUCUGACUGGUAUACGGGGGCCUUUUCUGAUCAUUGCACCGCUUUCGACAAUUACAAACUGGGAGAGAGAAUUUCGCACAUGGACUGAUCUUAAUGUUGUGGUAUAUCAUGGGAGCCUGGUUAGCAGGCAGAUGAUACAGCAGUAUGAGAUGUACUUCAGGGACUCACAGGGGCGUAUUAUUAGAGGAGCAUACAGGUUCCAGGCCAUAAUCACCACUUUUGAAAUGAUUCUGGGAGGCUGUGGAGAGCUCAAUGCAAUUGAAUGGCGAUGUGUGAUUAUUGAUGAAGCGCAUAGGUUAAAGAAUAAAAAUUGCAAGCUUCUAGAAGGUCUAAAACUCAUGAAUCUGGAACACAAGGUGCUUUUGACUGGUACACCACUUCAGAAUACAGUUGAAGAACUAUUCAGUCUUCUUCAUUUCCUUGAACCCUUACGAUUUCCCUCUGAAACUACUUUUAUGCAAGAAUUUGGGGAUCUUAAAACAGAAGAACAGGUGCAAAAGCUUCAAGCCAUUUUAAAACCAAUGAUGUUGAGAAGAUUAAAAGAAGAUGUAGAAAAGAAGUUGGCCCCAAAAGAGGAAACCAUAAUUGAAGUAGAACUUACUAAUAUUCAGAAGAAAUAUUACCGGGCUAUUUUAGAAAAAAAUUUUGCAUUUUUAUCCAAAGGAGCUGGACAAGCUAAUGUACCUAAUUUAGUUAACACUAUGAUGGAACUCAGAAAAUGUUGUAAUCAUCCCUAUCUUAUCAAAGGUGCUGAGGAAAAAAUACUUGGAGAAUUUAAAGAAACACAUAACCCAGCUGCUCCUGACUUUCAUCUUCAAGCAAUGAUCCAAUCUGCUGGCAAAUUGGUCCUCAUUGAUAAGCUUCUUCCAAAAAUGAAAGCAGGUGGGCAUAAAGUGCUCAUCUUCUCUCAGAUGGUGCGCUGCCUAGACAUUUUGGAGGACUAUCUUAUACAUAAGAGGUAUUUAUAUGAGCGAAUUGAUGGAAGAGUCCGAGGAAAUCUUCGACAGGCUGCCAUAGACCGAUUUAGUAAACCUGAUUCAGACAGAUUUGUAUUUCUUUUGUGCACUCGAGCUGGUGGGCUGGGCAUUAAUUUAACUGCAGCUGAUACAUGCAUCAUUUUUGAUUCUGACUGGAAUCCUCAAAAUGACCUCCAGGCUCAAGCUCGCUGUCACAGGAUUGGUCAAAACAAAGCAGUCAAAGUCUACAGAUUAAUAACUCGUAACUCAUAUGAGAGAGAGAUGUUCGACCGAGCAAGUCUAAAAUUGGGUCUAGAUAAGGCUGUGUUACAGAGCAUGAGUGGAAGAGAAAAUAGUGUUGGCGGUAUUCAGCAACUGUCCAAAAAGGAAAUAGAAGAUCUACUUCGAAGGGGUGCAUAUGGUGCCAUUAUGGAUGAAGAAGAUGAGGGUUCUAAAUUCUGUGAAGAGGAUAUUGAUCAGAUUUUACAGCGUCGCACAAAAACAAUCACAAUUGAGUCAGAAGGAAGAGGUUCAACAUUUGCUAAGGCGAGUUUUGUAGCUUCUGGAAACCGGACUGAUAUUUCUUUAGAUGAUCCCAACUUCUGGCAGAAAUGGGCAAAGAAAGCAGAAAUUGAUAUAGAUGCCAUCAGUGGCAGAAACAGCUUAGUUAUUGAUACUCCAAGGAUUAGAAAACAAACAAGACCCUUUAGUGCCACGAAAGAUGAAUUGGCUGAAUUGUCUGAAGUUGAAAGUGAGGGAGAUGAUAAGCCCAAACUCCGGAGACCAUGUGACCGUUCCAAUGGCUAUGGAAGGACAGAAUGCUUUCGAGUGGAGAAAAAUCUACUAGUUUAUGGGUGGGGUCGAUGGAGAGAGAUUCUAGCUCAUGGUCGGUUUAAAAGACAACUAAAUGAACAAGAUGUGGAGAUCAUUUGCCGAGCCCUUUUAGCAUAUUGCCUUGUUCACUACAGAGGAGAUGAGAAGAUUAAGGGUUUCAUAUGGGAUCUCAUUACCCCUACGGAGGAUGGGCAAACAAGAGAAUUGCAAAAUCAUCUGGGUCUGUCAGCUCCUGUCCCCAGGGGCAGAAAAGGGAAGAAAGUGAAAACUCAAACAAGUACAUUUGAUAUCCAUAAAGCAGAAUGGCUUCGAAAGUAUAAUCCUGAGCAUCUGCUACAAGAUGAAGGCUAUAAAAAACACAUAAAACAUCAUUGUAAUAAAGUUUUGCUUCGAGUGAGGAUGCUGUAUUAUUUGAAACAAGAAGUCAUUGGUAAUGAAUUCCAGAAAGUUUUUGAUGGAGUUGAAGCAAGUGACAUUGAUGUUUGGGUCCCUGAACCAGACCAUUCUGAAGUCCCUGCUGAGUGGUGGGAUCUUGAUGCAGAUAAAUCUCUCCUUAUUGGAGUUUUUAAACAUGGUUAUGAAAAGUACAACACAAUCAGAGCAGACCCAGCAUUGUGUUUUUUGGAUCGAGUAGGAAAACCUGAUGAGAAAGCAGUUGCUGCUGAACAAAGAGCAAAUGAUUACAUGGAUGGGGAUGUGGAAGACCCAGAAUAUAAACCAGCUCCAGCUUUAUUCAAAGAUGACUUGGAGGAUGAUAUUUCAUCACCAGGAGACCUUGUAAUAGCAGAUGGAGAUGGCCAAAUGAUGGAAGGAGACAAGAUUUAUUGGCCUACUCAGUCUGCUUUAACCACACGCUUGCGCCGCCUCAUAACUGCAUAUCAACGGACUAGUAAAAAUAGACAAGCCCAACAAAUCCAGCCAGCAUUCUCAGUACAGGCCAAUGUGAUGCAGCCUCCUUAUGAAGAAACUGCUCUUAACCCUAAAAUAGCAGCCAAAAUUGAAAGACAGCAGAGAUGGACAAGAAGAGAGGAAGCUGACUUUUAUAGAGUUGUAUCUACUUUUGGAGUGGUAUUUGAUCCUGACAGAGGACAAUUUGACUGGACAAAAUUUAGAGCCAUGGCUAGGCUGCACAAGAAAACUGAUGAUAGUUUGGAAAAGUACUUAUAUGCUUUUAUGUCCAUGUGCAGGAGAGUUUGCCGCCUUCCUUCCAAAGAAGAAUUGGUGGACCCAAGUAUUUUUAUCCAACCCAUCACAGAGGAACGUGCUUCUAGGACUUUGUAUCGAAUUGAGCUUUUGAGGAAAGUACGAGAACAGGCUCUUCGACAUCCACAAUUAUUUGAUCGUUUAAAACUUUGCCAGCCAAAUCCAGAUUUGCCAGUCUGGUGGGAGUGUGGCACUCAUGACAGAGAUUUGCUUAUUGGAGCUGCUAAGCAUGGGGUUAGCAGGACAGACUAUCACAUUCUUCGGGAUCCUGAACUUUCAUUUAUGGCAGCUCAGAGAAGCUAUAGUCAAAAUAAAGGGACUCAUUCAAGGACUUCUGCCCCACUUAUACAACAAUAUCAAAUGGCAUUGUCUACUUCCCCUCUGGCUUCUCAACCAAGAUUACUGGAUACUAAAGGGAAUGCUCUUGAAGAUACAAAAGUUAAAAAUGAAAGCCUUAAAGAGGAGCCUCAGUCUUCUGAAGAGGAAUCUGUAUCUUCUGACGAAAUCAGAACAGGAAUAAAAUCUGAACCUUUAAGUCCAAAGAAUGGUGUUUUGCCGCAGACAACUGGAGAUCAGAAGCCUACUGGGAAGGUUGAAACAGAUAGGCGCAUGGUUGCAGCCAGGACAGAGCCCCUAACCCCAAAUCCAGCUUCCAAGAAACAGCGAAUGCCCAAAAGGGGAUCUGAGUCCAGCUCUGAUUCAGAUUCUGAUUCUGAUAGAUCAUCUUGUUCUUCUAGAUCAUCAUCUUCAUCCUCCUCCUCUUCUUCGUCUUGUUCCCACUCUCGAUCAGGAUCUAGUUCUUCAUCGUCUUCAUCUUGUUCUUCAGCAACUUCUUCAUCCUCUUCUUCGUCUUCCUCUUCCUCCUCUUCUUCAUCCUCAUCAGAAGAAAGUGAUAGUGAAGAAGAAACACAAAAGCGAGCAGAAGGCCCCACUCACAUGAAAUCAUAUGAUGAGGAAAGUGUUGCAUCACUAAGCACUAUACAAGAUGAGACCCAGGAUAGUUUUCAGAUGAACAAUGGAACAUCAAAUUCUGCUUACAUCUUACAAGGUGGAUACAUGCUCGCUGCUUCUUAUUGGCCAAAGGAUCGGGUAAUGAUCAAUCGGUUAGACAGCAUUUGUCAAACGGUCCUGAAAGGAAAAUGGCCAUCAGUCCGGAGAGGUUACGAGGGCAGUGCAGUGGCAUCUUUCUACACGACCAAGCUUCUGGAUAGCCCCGGUGCUGCUGCAGAUGCUGGCGAGCCCCGUGUGCCGACUCCCCCAAGCGUAGGGGCGAGAGAAGAGCAUGACCAGUCCACACAGAUGUCAAAGGUGAAGAAGCAUGUACGAGAAAAGGAGUUUACAGUGAAAAUCAAUGACGAAGGAGGUUUGAAGUUGACUUUUCAAAAGCAAGGACUUUCUCAGAAAAGGCCAUUUGAAAGUGAAGAUGGUUCACUUGGACAGCAACAGUACCUGGCACGGCUUCGGGAACUUCAGAAUGCUUCAGAGACCAGCCUAGUCAAUUUUCCAAAGUCCAUGCCAGUAUCAGAUACUUCUAGUCAGCCAGCAAUUGGUGCCAAUGGAGUCAUAUUAGAUAACCAGCCUAUAGUCAAAAAAAGAAGAGGAAGAAGGAAGAAUGUAGAAGAUGUUGACAUUCUCCUAUUAAAUAGAAAUAAACCUCCUAAUCAUGUUACAGUAGGCAUUACCACCUCACAAAUUACUCCAGGGAUAAAUCCAGCACUGUCUUAUACUCAAUCUCAAGGAUUACUUGAUAUAGAAAAUCCAGUUCCAGUUAUUAAUCUGAAAGAUGGAACAAGACUUGCAGGUGAUGAUGCACCAAAACGAAAGGAUUUAGAAAAAUGGCUUACAGAGCACCCAGGUUAUGUGGAAGAUUUAGGAGCCUUUAUUCCUAGAAUGCAGCUUCAUGAAGGGGGGAGACCUAAGCAAAAAAGACAUCGUUGCAGAAACCCCAACAAACUAGAUAUUAAUAGUCUCACUGGAGAAGAACGUGUUCAGUUGAUCAACAGAAGAAAUGCCAGAAAGGUAGGAGGAGCAUUUGCUCCUCCUUUGAAAGAUUUAUGUAGAUUCUUGAAAGAAAAUUCUGAAUAUGGAGUCGCUCCUGAAUGGGGAGAUGUUGUUAAACAGUCUGGAUUUCUUCCUGAAAGCAUGCAUGACCGUAUUCUUACUGGGCCUGUUGUAAGAGAAGAAGUAAGCAGGCGUGGAAGACGACCUAAAAGUGAGAUUGCCAAGGCAACGGCAGCGGCAGCUGCUGCAACAGCAGCAAAUGUGUCUGGCAAUCCUUUGCUAGCCAAUGGAUUGCUCCCAGGUGUGGAUCUGACAACUCUUCAGGCCUUACAACAAAACCUGCAAAACCUUCAGUCUCUACAAGUAACUGCAGGAUUGAUGGGGAUGCCUGCCAGCCUAUCUGGUGGAGAAGUGAAUAAAAACAUGGCUGCUAUGUUCCCAAUGCUUUUGUCAGGGAUGACAGGAUUACCAAAUUUACUAGGCAUGGGAGGACUCCUAACAAAACCUACAGAAUCUGUGGCAGAAGAGAAAAAAGGCAAUGACUCCAAGGAGCCAGAUGGAAGAAAAGAAAGGACAGAAAGCCAAAACUCUGACAAUGUGGGGGAGAACUCUGUUUCGAGUUCUCCUUCAACAUCCUCUUCUGCUGCGUUAAAUACUGCUGCAGCUACCAACCCCUUAGCUCUUAACCCAUUACUAUUGUCCAAUAUAUUAUAUCCAGGGAUGCUUCUCACUCCAGGCCUUAAUCUUCAUAUCCCAGCUUUGUCCCAGUCCAAUAUUUUUGAUGUACAGAACAACAAAAACAAUGACCUAGACUCAACCAAGCCUGUAGAGGAAAAGGAGGAAGAUUCCAGGGUUAGAGAUCAGGAAGAAAAAGGGGAAACUGAACCAAGUUCUCUCAAUGAAAACAGCACAGAUGAGGGUUCAGAAAAAGCAGAUGCUUCAUCUGGAUCUGAGAGUACAUCAUCAUCAUCUGAGGAGUCAGAUUCUAGUAAUGAAGACUGACUCCAGACUCUGCACUUAAAUUAUGAACUGAUUUUGAAUUUAUUCUUUAACUAUUCAUUGUAAAUAUCCCAGUGUUGAGUGCAUUGAUAACUUACUGACCGAACAUUUCAGUAUUUGUUUAGAAGUGCAAACUGCUUUCAGAGACAUUUUGCAUGUAAUAUUUCUUGAAAUUCAUAAGUUUCUGAACUUGUAUGUACUAUCAAAUACACAAUGGUGUAAUAUUACAACAGAAGGCAUUAUAAUUUUGUUGGGGGGUUAAUUUUAUGGAAAUUAUGCUCAAUGAGAGCUGUAUAUUUAAUAUAUUUGCAAUGAACACAGAAUACUUUAUGCACAUUAUUGAUUUAAUUUGAAUAUAGUUUUACAGCCUCCUUGACACCUAUAAUUUACAGAUCAAAAACUCAGCAAUAAUUUGGGCAGCUAAUGAAUGUCAUGAAAGCUGUAGAAUCUACAUCAUCAUCCAUUGCUUUAAUUACAUGAAAAUGCUCUAGUGUUGUGAUGCACUGCUGAUGUUUCCAAUUCAGGUACAAGUGUGUUUAAAAGAAGAGAUAAAAUUCCCAAUCAGCCAGUUAUACUGGCUACCUGUUACCUCAGCUGAGUUAGUUUAGGAAGUUUACAUUCAUUUCUAAUUCUAUACUUGUUUUCAGGGUUUUUUUUAAAAAAAAAAAAAAGAGGAAAAAAACACACAUCCUGUGUAUCAUGUAAAUCUGGCAAAAGAAGUGACUUGUUUUGCUUAGUCAAAACUCUGAUCCCAGUGAAGGCAAGUCAGCAUAAAAAUAAUUCUAUGUUCAUAUAGAUACCCUAUAGACCUACUUAGUUUGAACAUUGUGGACUUUGGGCCUCCUUCAGAAAUAAUCAUGUUGAGGUUCAGUAGUGUCUCUCUAGGGGUCAGAAAAAGCAAAUUCAUGAAGUGCCACUGACAAGAACUUUCAACACUGCAUACUUCAUGUAAAAGAAAUUGUUUGUUUGCUCUGUUUGUGUAGAUUUCUAUUUGUGUUUUAUGUCAUUGAACGCUUAAGAAAUUACCAGAUAAUAUUGGUAAAAAAAAAAAAAAAAAAAAAUGCAGAUAGCCUAAAUUUAUUUUGAGUUUCUAGGUUUAAUCAGACUAAACAUUGCCCAGAAUCAGUGUUGGGUUAUCAGUUCAUAUAAAAUAUGCUGAGUUGCCCUGUUUGAAAAUGCACUUUGAAUAAUAACAAAAAGAAAUACAAGUAAUACCUGUAAAACACACACACACACACACACACACACACACACACACACACACACACACACCCCAAAAGAAACCCAAGGUUUCUUCUAAUUAACAGUCCUUAAAACCCUUUUCUCUUUUAAAAAAAAAAAAAUCUGUCCAAUGUUUCAUGUGAUAUGACUUUCUGCUUAAGCUGCUAUUCUUGACAUGGUAGAGGUCCAUGUUCAUACUCAAAUUCAUUUGAACUUAAAAUUGAGUUUAGAAUCUCAUUUGAGGCCCAACAAGAGUAAAUGUUUAAAAAAAAAACCAUACACACAUAUAGGUACUAGUAUAAGUGAAUGAUAAUAUUUGCAAAGGAUUAAUAUUUGGGAGUAACAAAUCACUCCAAACACUUCUCACAUUAAAUGAACCCUUUUAUAUUUUGAUAAGAGUUCUGUUGUUUUGUCACAAAGUAAACUUUUAUAUUGGGUUUUACUAAGACCUUUACCAAGAAAUUAUAACUUUAUAUGUAAAAUAAAUAUCCCCAUCAUUAUAGGAGCAGUAUUACAUGUAAUUACAAAAUUAUAUAAGUUCUAUUGGGAUUGUAUUGAUUUUCCCACUAUUUUAUUUUGAUUUGAUGGCCCUUUAUGCAAUGUCUUAGCAAUAGUGACUAUCAUACCUAUCCAAGAGAAGUGGGUAGCAGUUCUUCAUCAUGAAAAAGAUAUAUUACAUAUUUAAUAUUUUCCCUUUGCAGUAUUGCACUUUUAACUAGAAUACACCUAUGAAAUAGCCAAAGUUUUCAAAAAGUUAUUAAAACUUAGUUUGCCGAUGGAGUAUUUCAACACCAUCAGUUCUUCCUCUUCCCUUCAUGUUCCCUUUAUUCCCCUUCCUUUUCUUCUCUAGCUAAGUCCCCCCCCCAAAAAAAAAUCCUAAAUCUUGUCACUAAAACCUAAUUUAUAUCAAAUUUAUGAGAUAAAGUAUUUUCCUAAUUAUGGUCGAGUGAGUUUGGUUAACAUCCUAGUGAUUCUCUUUCUAUGUAAUAAGGCAAUUACAGAUUUCAAAGCAUUAAGGCUAAUAUUGACUUUGAACAUAUUCUAUUGGGUUUCAAGGCAUAUUAAAUUGGUAUCAAUUGGGAAAAAGUUGUCCAGCUAUCAGCCAAACAACAUGCAAAUAUGGUUGUAUAAAGUUAAGGGUUAAGGAAAAUGCAAUAGAAUUACACUAAUAAAUACUGAAGUUUCCAGUUGAAAGGAUAUCCAAGUGUGUGUUGGUAGUUACUAAAAAGAAUUAUAGCUGUUAUUGCCUUGUAUUUAUAUCCCUUGUUUCAGGCUUCAUGAGCUAAGUCUUAGUCCAGUUUUUCUUUUGGACAUUUCGAAUAUUUGCCAGUUGUGUUCUGUGUAGUCUGAAUUUGCUUUCUGUAGUUGAAAAAAUGUCUUAAAAAGUCAUUUGUAAUUUAUUGAAUUACUUUCUAUGAUGUUCUAUAGAGCAAAUGGAAGUUUAAUUAUUUUUUAUUAAACAUAUUCUUUGACUACC